CAAAGUGUUGCAUAAGGCAAAGAGACGUUAAACUGGAGGAAAGAGAGCCUGCCAUGUUCUGGGAAAGACACAGUUAUCAUCAUUGCACAUAUCAUGCUUGGUGACAAGAUGAACUUGGGAGAAAAGAGGUCUGCCAGAGCCUGACGCCUCCAAGCCAUAAAAAUCAUCAAUGGCUUCCCAAGAAGUUGAUAAAGCAUUGCCGGAGACAGCCUCAGCAGCUGGUUUCCCAGGCAGCCCGGAACCAGAGGGAGUGAGUACUUCUUCAUACCAGUCCAUUGAAGAGUCAAACAUUUAUCAGAAGGGAGAACUACAAGCCCUUGGGGCCAUCCAGAUCCUGAAUGGAGCAAUGAUUCUGGCUCUGGGUGUUUUUCUGGCCUCCUUACAAUACCUGUCCCAUGCGUUCAGGCACUUCUUUUUCUUUACCUUCUACACAGGCUAUCCGAUAUGGGGCGCUGUAUUCUUUAUUAGUUCAGGAUCCUUGUCUGUUGCAGCUGGGAGGAAACCCACAAGAAUGCUGAUGCAGAACAGUUUUGGGAUGAACAUUGCCAGUGCUAUAAUUGGACUAGUUGGAGUUGUUUUUCUCUCAUUGAAUUUAGCAAUUAAUAGCAACUCACUCAAAAGUUGUCAGUCCUCACAGUCACUGGACUUAUGCAUUUACAUGGGUUCCACAUCAAAUGGCCUGGUAUCUCUCAUGCUCAUCCUCACCUUGCUGGAACUGUGCAUAACCACCUCUAUCUCAAUCAUGUGGUCCAAAGCGAAGUGCUGUGCUUCAAGACCACAGAUUUCUUCACCUUCCGAUUCUGUGGAAUCAGGAAUACCUCCUGAUGAAAGCCAUCCUGAUGAAUACUCAAGCUAAAGUUGCUAAAGUCUCCAAUGAGUAGGAUAUUCAUCCAAGAACUCAAGAGAACAUGAACCUGUAAAACUCAAUCCUCCUAUGAUAGCACCAAUCAUGAGAAACGUGGACCUCUAACUCAAUCUUCCUUAUCUUAAUUGUAAAUUCUAUUUUCAUGCUCUGAGUAUGGGAGGACAAAUAUAAUCCUUUAGGCAUUCUU